UUUUUGACGUUCUCUGAGGUUCAAUCAAUGAACAUAUCGUUUUCUUUUCUUUUUUUUUGCUUUAAAUGUAUCAGUUAACAAACGGGUUAUUGGUUGAAUGAAUCGAAGCACUCAAGCUCUUUCAAUGUAACACAAGCUGGUUAUGCAUCGCGGUAGUAUAUCUCUUUGUGUGUGUUUUUUGUCUAUUUACAGGGCGCAGGAAUUUAAAAAAUCAUGACUACGGCAAGGCACCGGAAAGGGAAAAACUUCCACAAACGCGAGGAGAACCAUUUUAUAGAUGAAGCUCUGGAACAAGACUUGGGGAGCGGAAACCAGUAUAUUCUUAUGUUCAUUCUGUUACUCCUGUUAGUGGUCGGGGGUACCACCUUCGCCUGGUUCUGUCACGCACAGCAGCAGACUAUAAGCCACCUGACAGAAAGUCUCUCUGGCUUGCAGAUGAAAAUAGUGAAGUUCCAGCAGGUACAGGAGGAAAUGAGAACGAAAAAUGUGGAGCUCCCAGUCCCAGAAGGCUUUGCAGAGAGGCUGGAGGCUUUGGAAGGGGCGUACGCCCAGGCGCAGAAGCAGGUGGCCAUGGCCGUGUCCACGGCGGAGCAGCUGAAGACCUUCGACCUCCGCAGCCAGGUGGCAUCCAUGCACACGGAGAUGAUGGUGCGGCUGACGGACCUGGAGCUGACCCGGGUGUCGGCGGAAGACCUGUCGCACGUGCGGGACACCGUAGAGAGCAAGGGCGCGGAGUUCCAGGCGGUGAAGGAGGACCUCUCGGUCGUGGCGAGCGCCAACCGGGCCCUCGCCGGGAGCGUGGAGGGGCUGUCCGCGAGCUUCGCCGGCACGGUGGCCAAGGUUACGGAGCAGGCAGCCCUGGUGGACACGCUGACCGCCCAGCUGGAGGCUCAGGUCGCUGACCUGCUGGGCCUCAGAGAGAUGCUAACGCUUCACAGGGCUCAGCUAGAGACAAGCUCUAAGGACAUCGCCAGUCUCAAGGGGCUGCUGGAGGUGGAGCAGGCCAAGCGGACCCAUAUUCUGGGUGAGCAGCUGACCUUCGUCCGGCGGAGCCUGGAGGACCAGAGCCAGGAAGCCCUGAGCCUCCACUCUUCGCUCAGGGCCCAGCUGGAGUCCAUCCAGGGCCAGCUGGAAAAUGCACUGGACAUACCUGCCCCAGAGACCCCACAGCUGGAUCAGCCAGCAGUGCUGGAGGAGGCACAGAGAGAUGACGGGGAGGUGGAACUCCAGCAGGAAGUGGACCAGGAAUUAGGACAGGAAGCUGAAGCUCCAGCAGACCAGGAAGUCCUAGAGGAGAAAGUGGCACAGGAAGUCCAGGAACAACAAUUAGGACAGGAAGCUGAAGCUCCAGUAGACCAGGAAGUCCAGGAACAAGAAGCAGAACAGGAAGUCCAAAUGGAGCUGGGAGUCCAGGAACAGGAAGCAGAACAGGAAGAGGAAGAGGAAGUCAUGGUGUCAGAAGAAGCUUAUUCGGAACAGCAGGAGGAGCAAGAAGACUUGGCCUUGGAGGCGAAGCACAAAACAGAAGAGGAGGCAGAACAGCAAGAAUAAGUCAGAACAGGAAUACAGAGAUUUGUUCAGAUGGUGCACUCUUCCACAACCUCGCAUUCAGUGGAACAAACAAGAAUAAUAUACGGUAUGAGACUAACAAGGAUUCAUUACCACAGGGAAGGUACCUUUUUAUAAAACUGGAAGUCAGUCGGACAGCAUCACUUGUUAUUUACUUAAAACAAUUACCUCAGAGAAACGUCACGUUUUAUGUAUCAGGGUUUGGCAGCAAUGCAUAAAAAGCAGGAUUUUGUGGAUUUUUUUCAGGCUUAUCAGCUUGAAAAGCCUUAAUUUUUUCUAUGGAUCCACCGGCUAUGUUUAUGCCUACAGUUUUCUCUCUCCGCACAUUUACAGUAUUAACUUGAUUAAUAUAAGAAACCUUAAUGAAGAGUUCCAGUUAUACAGAACCAGUCUUGGCUUCUUUUGGUGAGAGGAAAAUACUACCCAGCAAAUCUGCAAAGCACAGAAUUUGAAAGUUUUAUAAACUUCUGCCUUUCUUUAGUGAUUUGUCUUAUAAGCACCUCAUGGUGAAAUAAGGGAAAUACUGUUGAUAAAAUCGGGAACACUUCAAAAUUUUUUAUUUUAUUUUAUUUUAUUUUUUUACAUUGCUUAUGAUGCUUUCCUGACCGUGUCAUAAGCACUUCAUAAUGCUUUGUGACAGAGAUCCUACCAUGUCAAAAACGCUACCAGAAAUAAAGUCAUCAUUUUGACAGUCAUCAUGACAGGGGUGCGAUUAUGUUUAGCGUUCAGAGACGUGAGUUAGCAAGUGCACAUUAACUUAGCGAACAUCCGCUACAAAAAUGGGACCUGAUGAAGUAGUGACAGGUAGUUGCUAUGGUUGGGGACCCUGGUCUUCAGUACAGUCUGUAUGCCUCAUUGUAUUGACCAGGCAGCAAGGUCUAUAGUUCAAAUCCAGCAGCAGAACUACCCCCUGUUACAGAAAAAAACAUAUGUUUAGUAUUGUCAUAUAUAUUGAAAUAAUAUGUGUCAUUAUAAAUGUCAGAGAAACCAUUUUUUCCCCACUAGUUGCUGUCUGGCUAAUUUGCUCACUUGCUUAGCUUCAUACUUUAGUAAAGCAUAAGUUUAAAUGGAAAUUUUAUUGUUUUUCUUCUUCUAUUGAGGUGAUAAUUAAAAAUAAUGGGUUGAUUUUUUUAAAACUGCUAAUGCUAGUCAGCUUUUUUUGACAACGUAUCACAACACAAGUAAACAUAUGACUUAUGAAAUAAUAUUAAAUAAUAAAUAUGACGUAAGUAAACAUAUGACAGUCAUGCCACUGUCAUGACGACUCUAAACAUAUAUGAUCAAUUAUGACUGUUUUCAACAUGCUAUGAGACAUAACAUAAAGUAUUGUAAAGUGCUUAUGACACUCUCUGAAAAAAAAAACUAAAAACUAGGAAAUAGUGCCUAAAAAGGUAAAAACGCUUAUCACUGGGGUGGUACUCUAUGGGUACACGAAUAUUGAACCCCUAACCAGCAAUAAAUAAAAACAAAUUUACCUCUACUGUACUUUUAUUUCGAGAGUGCAUGUUCAGGAAGGUUAAAUUCAAUGAGUAUGAGAAUUUAGGGUAAUUACGUCUGUUUACACUGUGCAAGCAUUCUGGAAUAAACCGAGUUCAAGGAAAUAUUAAAAGGGCAAAACAUGUGAAAAUAUGUCCUGAACAUUCAGAAACAUUCAGUUCCCCUCCAUGGUGGAGUGAUUCACAGAUGGUUGUUUUUUUUAAUGUAGUCGCUGGAAAAAUGAAUGGCCAAGAUGCUCCUUAAAUAAACUUCUGCUCCCUUCUUUUAUAUACA